GAUGGACCAUGUAAAAUCAUAGACAAAUCGCAGAAAAAAAAAACAAAAAAUUGGCAGCUGUGACGUUUUACUUACUGACAUUGACAUUUGGCACGAAAAUUUAAUAAAGUUUUCGGUUUUUUCGAUCAACUCCCAAGUUUUAUCAAACUUUUAUAAAACUUGGGAUUGUAUGUUCUGGAUUCUGUACCUCUUACCCUGUACUCUGCAAUAAGCUCUUACGACGACCCGGCUAGUUACAUCGGAUACUAAUUAUGUCCAUGACGAAGGAGAACAGACCGCCUAAAAGGCAACGAUCAGAAAACUGGUUGGAGGAAGAUAAGUAUUUGCUGAAAGAGUUGGUGAAAGAAAGAGUAAAUGCAAUCGAAAAUAAAAAUACAGACACUAACACGAAUAAACGGAAGGUUGCGGCUUGGGCUGAUUUACAAACAACGUUUAAUUCAAUGUGCGCUGGUAUGAACCGCUCCAUUACCCAGUUAAAAUCGCAAUGGAGCCUCAUAAAAAUCAGUGCGAAGAAAGACAAGACCAUUGCUAGGCAGGCUCAAAUUAAAACUGGCGGUGGUCCACCAUUAUCAGUGCCUGACGAUAGGGCUGAUGAUAUAGCAUCUUGGUUGCCCAAUGAAUUUGUAGUCGAUGUUAACAGAUUUGACUCGGACUCAAAUAAAAGUGAAUUAAUUAACAUUCAAGAGGAGGAAUCAACUCAAAAUACGCAAGAUCAGGAAUUGAUAAAUAAUGAAGAAAUCCAAUAUGAAUUGGUGGUACUUGAUGAAGAAAUAGAAGAUACACAUGCUUGUACUACUAGAGGCAUAUUGGAAGAUAAAGAAAAUAAAAAAGUAGAGGCAAAAGAAAAUAAAGCAAAACCUAAUUUUAAAGCACCAGCAAUCAAAAAAAAAAGGAAACUGUUAAACAAAGAAGGCUUAAUUGAUUUAAGCAAAGUUAGGAUUUCCGAAAUUGCAGAAACAGAAUCAAAAUGCCGGAUUGAACUGCAUGAAGUUCAAAUGGAAAACGAACGGAAGAAAGGGAGAAACUUGGAUCUUGAGCAUCAAUUAUUACAGGAAAAACUUAAAUAUUACACUCACAUUAAUAAAGAAUAAUAAGUCUUUUGAUGUUAAAGUUUUUCAAGUACUAACAGAUUCUAAAUAAUAAGUUAGUUCCUCCCUUACUUCUGUUUGUUUUUAAUUUGUAUUUUAUGCAGUUCCAAUCCGCAUUUUGAUUGUGUUUCUGCAAUAUAUUUAGACGGCUAUGAAUAUGUUUACUAGUCAUAACUUAAUAAGAGUUUGAGAUUACUAUUAACUAGCUGUUGCCCACGACUCCGCCUGCGUAGACUACUAUUUCUGUAACCUACAGGAUCUGUGCAUUUUUCCAGGAUAAAAAGAAGCCUAUAUGUUAUUCGAGACUA